AUGGAACACGCAGAAAAAGUGUGUCGGAUUCGUUCCGACAAGCAUUGUGACUCAUCACUCACUGUCUACACUCCUCUCGACGGGAUCCAUCGCACUCCAAAUUGGAACAGUGGCCAUGACAGUGACAUAGAAAAAGGGGAAAACGUCAAGCACUUGACGUUGCCGAAACGGACAAGCACGGGACAUCCAGUGGGUAAGCUUACAGUGAGCAUUGCCGUCUGUGACGAAUUUGUUGUUUGGCGAGUUUGUUGUGGGUCGCAAGGAAAAAGCUGCAAUUCAAUUUUCCUACCGGAUACAUGUUUUACCAUUCGGGCGACGGCGUUCACUCUUGGUUGGCUGGUAGCAGACAAGGCCUUGGCUGCCUUUGUUCGGCCCCCCGCAUUGGCCGCACGCCACGCUCGAUUCGUUCCCACAAAAAGCUCCAUCACCACGGCCUCACGGACAACCACGAGACUCUUUCGUACGAGUCGGUCGAAUGCCAUGCCGCGCGGUGUCAAGAAGGAACAUUUGCCUACCAAAACGUGCGUUGUCUGUCAUCGACCCUUUACCUGGCGCAAGAAAUGGGAGAAAGUAUGGGACGAAGUCACCACCUGCUCCAAAUCCUGCAACGCCAAGCGACGGACGCUAGCCCAGCAGGCCAAGCGAAACCGAUCCAACGACACGGCAGAAUCGCACCCGGACAGCGAUAUUUCAAACAUGUCCGUACCCGAACCUCACCAAUCCAACGAUACGGAUGCCCUCUUGAUGGAGUUGUACAAUGAAACGGAUCGGAUCGAGGACUCACGCCGCGACGAUCGGGAUGAAUCGGACACUGCCAAAGACCUCGCCAAGGCGGCACGAAAGGCUGCCAAGAAGAAAGCCAAGGCUGAACGCCGUGGCCAACGUCAAGGGCGAGCCGACCCUUCCUACGGACGAAAAGAAUGCACACAGUGCCACCAGAGUGUGGAUCUACUCAUUCGAUGCGUCGUGGACGCUUCGGGGGACUGGGAAAUGGUCUGCGGACGCUGCUGGAAAAGUGUGAGUGGAGGGGUUGUCGACGGAGACGCGGAUCAUCCACACUACCGCUACGGUGGAUUAUGGAAGAAUCGGGCCCGAAAGUGA